GCCUUGCAGAGAAGCCCAGGGAAGCAACUGUUCCCCGAAGGGAAAGAGCGACCGGCACGCACCCCCCUGGACCAGGGGACCUCGUUGCCGGUAUCCGUUCCGCCAGCGGCCUCGGAUCGCGCGGCACAUUGAUCCCUCCCAGCCGUGCCUGCCUGCCUGCCUGCCUGCACCACCUUCCUUCCCUCGCUGCAGGUGCCAUGCCAUGCCUUUUGUCUCUUCCAAUUCCACAUGAGCGCAAUUAUGCAAUUUUGGCAUUGGGCAUUGGAGUCAGCCCUGUUGCAGCCAAAUGGGGGGCCGGGGCAAAUUCAAGACUCUUGGCUGCAUGGUAAGCCACACUCUCUUUUUCUCGCCUCGAAGCCCGCCCGGGAAACCCAGAGACCAUUUGGCUUUCACCGAGCGCAACCCUGCAGGGCUUAUAUAGGAGAACCCUGGAAGCAAUGGAGAUUUCCUCUUUUCAAGCUGGAGAUUCGUUCAAAUCAUUGCACGGCUCAACCUGGUGGCCCACCAGACAAGAUCCAUCCCUUCCUUCUACGGGGCACAAAUUACAUUAGGACACGACCCCUACUAAGGGGGAAGGGGAAUAGGCCCAGUGACUCUUCCCCUUCCGUGGCCAUCUGGUUCUCAGGCGAAAAGAGGAAGCACAUUGUCAACCCGUCUGGACGAGCGCGUGCCAGCCAUCCACUGGGACUACCGAAAGUCUACAUGCCAGCAUCACAACGCAGCCGAGCACUUGCUGAUCGAUUGACAACCCCAACUCCAUGCAACGGUGAGCCAAGACCUCGCGGAACAUCCUCGUCUGCCACGCGUUGGGCACCAUGUCGCUGCGUGCGCUUUGUACAAAAUCAGAUGUUGCCAGUGCCCUGGCCGAUGUUGUCAUCUAAUUAUCCCGUCAACACCUUGUGUCAUUCUGCCAUCCACAACUCAACCCACCCACACAGCACAAUGCAGCCUUUAUAUGGAACGACAAAUGGUAUCUCUUUUAUCAUCAUAUCCACACAAUUCUGAUUGUACACUUUGGUUUUGCUUUCGCUUUCGCUCUCGCUCU